AUGGAUCUCACCCCAAACAGAGCAUCAACCCCAAACAUCCCGACGUCUACCCUCUCCUCAACCCAUUACCCCUACGUCUUUUUCUCCGAAAAUACACACACUAUGCAGUUCUCAACAGGGUUUACAAUAUUCCUGUUCUUCUUUGUGAUCAAAGUCACGGCAGAAGAAGACUCUGUACCUCCAGAAUCUGUCACCCACCACCCGAAGCGACGUGUCGUAUUCCGAACGACGCCGUCCCAGUUUAUUAACAAAUGCGUAAAUGGUGAAUUAAACGAUUCUGGGCGUUGCGUAUGUGAUUCCGAAUUCGUUGGAAAGCAUUGCGAGAAGAAGAAAAACUGCGCAACAUUUAGGAGAUAUCGGAAUGGAACGUGUUUGUCGUGCUCGACCGGUUAUGCUGGUCCAUUUUGCGAAGAUAUUAUGUGUGAGCAUGGCGAGGUUGACCCGACUGGGUUGAAAUGUAUUUGUGAAAAGCCAUGGGUCGGCCCAUUCUGCUCAGAACUUCAAACGGAACGUGUCCUUUCCUAUUAUAACAAUAAGGCGUAUUUAAUGGGGCCCGUCGGUGUCCUCAGCGUCAUACCCAUGUGUCUGAUUUUGCAUAUCUGUGAAAGAAUGGCUCACAAGCGACAGGUGAAACGUGUCCAAGAGCAAUUAGGCGAUGAUGUGAACGCCGACCGAAAAGUGUUAGACUCCUUAUUAAAGAAGGACGAUGAGGGAAUUUUGCUGCCG